AUGCAAACAAGCCUCAGUAUGGUAUUUCGCUUGCAUCCUCUUCUACCCCUCCUGUCCACGACAGACCCACCCUCUUCUCUGCAGAUAUAUGGACCGGCCGACCGUUUGGAAGAUAUCUCUGAGCUUGUGGCUAAUCUGCCCGUCCCGUCGGCCGGGAGUCAUCGGCCAGGCUCAUCCGGACUGGGUAGCGGUCAGUCGGGCCGUCAGGCCGAGAGUGUCUACCUUGCCACUGGCAGGAGGCAGUUGCUCAUCUGCCUCACCUCCGACUUCUACGGUCCAACUCAACUCGCCUGGUUCGGCCUUCCGAGAAGGGCCGUCGAUGCGGAGGUCGACACCAACUGGGUUCAACUGUCUUCGUCGCGAGGAAAGGGCGACGAAAAGGCCGAUCCCAACGCCGACGACUAUGACUUCGAGGAGGACGAGUACCCGGCGUCAUCGGUUGAAGCCGGCGGCAGAAGAGGCGCUAGGCUACGGCAGACACGGCGACUGCUGCUGAAGCUGGAGCCACAUGACAAGGCGGAGGCUGAAUCCGACACGGGAUAUCCUUGGAAGGCACUUGAAUGCAGAGCGAUCAGCAGUCGAGAGGAUGACAGAAAAAAGCCACAUGAAUUUCGUGAACGUAGACGUGUAGAGCUCUAUGAGCCUCCAGGAGUCCCAAAGGUGACCGGCCUUACUUCGAAAAGCCUGAUUCCGGCUGGAACACGAGUGACUUUACGUUGCGAAGCGAGGACAGGCCACCCACCGGCUGAACUGCUUUGGUUUGAGGGUAGGUCCCAGCGGAAGAUGCUCUUCUCAAACAUUAACUCGAUUGACAACUUAUUCAUUUGA